AUGAAUACGGGCGGCCUGGUCAGUGCAUGCUUAGUGAUUCAGUUAACAAAACGCCAACGGUUGUACGAGCGCCUGAUAAAUGCGGCAGCCGAUUUCCUAGGUUUUGCCAUCGCUGGCAAAGUGCGGAGAAUCGCGAGCCACUCCCGGGCACCCAUCCCUGUACCGCCUGAGGAAGAACUUUCUUCCAGCAAUAAGCUGCUGUGUAAUUCCCUCUUGACAGCCCCCGGAAACGGAAGAAAACGCAAGAGGCCCAAAAAAUUAACCGGGAAGGGUCCAGAAUCCCACAGACCUUUGGAGCUUUCCCACACAGGAGUUAAGCUUCUUCACUCUCCGUCCACUUGCAAACACAAUUACGCACCGUCCUCCGGAGAAGACACCCGUCCAACCCUAAAGGGGUUCCGGCCGUCUCUGUCUCUUGUCCUUCCUCUCCUGGCUCAAUAUCGGUAUCCAAUGGCUCGGAUCCGGAUCAGCAUUGGUGACCCCCUGUGCAGCGGCUGUGCCGCUGGACCAGUUGCCGGGUUCACCCAAGAGAGUUCAAUGGUCAGGACUCACUUCCGGAGUACAAGGCUUAAACAACGAGGCCGCUGCAACGCGACCGUGCAGAGUGCCCCCGAUACGAAAGCUGCAUGUGAGAGUAGUCCGCCGUAG